CGUGUGAUUGGCCGCGGAUCCGUGCGCGCUCACGCGCUAGUUGUGAGAUGUGCGCGCCGCCGCUUCUCGCUGAAGGAGAGGAAAGCGAUAGUGUUCACACCGAGGGGCAAAUGUUCAUGCUUUCCAAUGAAUAACUGCCCUUCCAGCGCCACUGCCAGCUGACAAACCGCCCUGCGCGAGGAAGCGUCCAGCGCGUGAGACAGUCUGAGGAGUAUCUGUCCGCAGCGGCUCUGGCCGUUCUUCGGGUUGAACUAUGGCACAGCCGAACAUGUGUGGUCAGAGCACCAAUGGUGUGACCGAUGAGUCUCCAAACAUGCUGGUGUACAGGAAGAUGGAAGACAUCAUCGCCCGCAUGCAGGAUGAAAAGAACGGGAUUCCCAUCCGGACCGUCAAGAGUUUUUUGUCAAAGAUUCCGAGUGUGUUUUCCGGCUCUGAUAUUGUCCAGUGGAUGCAGAAACAUCUCAACAUUGAAGAUCAAGUGGAGGCUCUUCAUCUGGGAACACUGAUGGCGGCUCACGGUUAUUUCUUCCCCAUAUCAGAUCACGUCCUCACUUUGAAGGAUGACGGAACAUUCUACCGCUUUCAGACUCCGUACUUCUGGCCAUCAAACUGCUGGGAACCAGAAAACACUGACUAUGCCGUUUAUCUCUGCAAACGAACGAUGCAGAAUAAAGCUCGUCUGGAGUUGGCUGAUUAUGAAGCUGAGAGUUUGGCGAGACUCCAGAGAGCUUUUGCACGGAAAUGGGAGUUUAUAUUUAUGCAAGCAGAAGCACAAGCGAAAGUGGACAAAAAACGGGACAAAAUUGAGCGCAAGAUCUUGGACAGUCAGGAGCGAGCGUUCUGGGACGUACACAGACCGGUGCCCGGCUGUGUGAACACUACUGAAGCAGAUAUAAAGAAAUCUUCACGUAUGAAGCAGCCACACAAAACACGGAAGUCAGUAUACGGCCUACAGAACGACAUCCGCAGCCACAGUCCGACUCACACACACACACCUGAAGUCAAAGAGCCCACAGAGGAGGAGCUACACCAUCAGAUACAAGUUUGGCAGGCGCAGUUAGACAGACAUCGGUUAAAAAUGUCUAAAGUUGCAGAGAGUUUGUUGAGUUUCUCUGAGCAGUAUCUGGAGUAUGAUCCAUUCUUCACAACACCAGAACCAUCAAACCCCUGGAUCACUGACGACAACACGUCCUGGGAGCUGGAGGCCAGUAAGGAACCUGGACAGCAGAGGGUGAAGCGAUGGGGUUUCGGAUUCAACGAGGUUUUGAAGGAUCCGGUCGGAAGGGAACAGUUCCUGAAGUUUCUUGAAUCAGAGUUCAGCUCAGAGAACCUGAGAUUUUGGCUGGCCGUACAGGAACUGAAGAAGCGUCCGAUCCAUGAGGUGCCCAGCAGGGUGCAGGAGAUCUGGGAAGAGUUUCUUGCUCCUGGAGCUCCGAGUGCCAUCAAUGUCGACUCCAAGAGUUACGAAAAAACCACACGGAACGUGAAAGAUCCCGGACGCUAUGCUUUUGAAGAUGCCCAGGAGCACAUCUACAAACUCAUGAAGAGUGACUCUUACAGUCGCUUCAUCAGAUCCAGUGCCUACCAGGAGAUGCUGCAGGCCAAGAAAAAGAAAAGCAAGAAUCUUUUCUAGGGACUGAAUGGCAGGCGGCUUGUAAACUCACACACACACACACACACACACACACACGACGUCACGCUUCUGCAGCUCAUCAUCCAUCUUCUGCCCGCCGUUAUUCAUCCGAGCGCUCGCUGCAUGUCCCGGGAGCAGAGGGACUCUUCAACGUUUCGUUCUGUCCCUCAUCGCCUCUUUCCGGUGACGUCGAGGCAUUCUGGACGUUUCUUCUGGAGUUCUGCCCGUUACGAACAGAGAGCAAAUGUUUGUUGGAAUAUAAACGUAGACAGUUUGUGACGUCUGUCUGGAACGAGUGCUUUGAUGCGCUUCUCACCUCCUAUAAUUAUUUUUAUAUUAUAAUUCAGAACUUCAUUAUCUCCGGAUGUUUCUGUGCAUUAAUCUGGAUCAUCUGCAUGUUUCCUGAUGGACCGCAACGGAUCCGAAUGUUUGCCGCCCCCCAUAAACAUAUAAUCCAUGGAUGUUUGUGUUAAUGAUUACAUGCCGAUGUAGAUGGUAAAGUCAUGUUAAUGUAUGAACAUAUGUACAGAAUGUUCCGUAAAUACAAGAUGAAGUUUGAACAUAUUUGGACGGUGUAUAGAUGUAUAGAUUUGAACAUAUGAUGGUAAUAUUUGGAUGUUUAUGACAAGCCCUCUGGACAUUUAAUACAUCUAUAAUUCAACUUUCACUAUUGUUCAAAUGUUACAGUAAUGUUUGAUGUUAUUAAAUACUAUUGAACGAUGACAUCAUCAAAGCUGUUCUGUGCAUCUGGAUUACGAGGUUCGUUACAGAUAUCAGUAAUUGCUGGUCAUUGUGAAAUUCUUCGUCAGUUAUAGAUCUCAAGAAUUACACUUUAAUUACGAGUAAAAUUAACCAUUAUUAAUAUAAAAAUAUGUAAAUGACCAUUUUUGUAAUACAGAGAAUUAUGCAAGUUUUUAUUAUAGAUAUGAUUGGCACUAAAUUAUGAUGCGUUUAUGGACAUUUCAUCAUAAGAUGCAAAUUACCCUUAAUAUCCGCUUCAAGGCCAAACGAGCUCAAAUAAUGACCGGAUACCAAUAGUGGCCCAUUUCUAGACUAAAAUUAGGGACGGAUUACAGACUGGGCCUAGGAGCCCUUGACUGCCUGGGGGGCCCUUGAAUGCCCGAGGGGGCGCCCUUGACAGCCCGGGGUGCCCGUGACUGCCCUUGACUGCCCGGGGGCCCCGUGAGGCCCGUGACUGCCCGGGGUGCCCUUGAGAGCCCAUGACUGCCCGGGGGGCCCAUGACUGCCCGGGGUGCCCGUGACUGCCCGGGUGCCCGUGACUGCCCGGGGAGCCCUUGACUGCCCGUGACUGCCCUUGAGAGCCCGUGACUGCCCGGGGGGCCCGUGACUGCCUGUGACUGCCCGGGGUGCCCGUGACUGCCCUUGACAGCCCGGGGGGCCCUUGACUGCCCGUGACUGCCCGGGGGGCCCAUGACUGCCUGUCACUGCCCUUGACAGCCCGGGGGGCCCUUGACUGCCUGUGACUGCCCUUGACAGCCCGGGGGGCCCAUGACUGCCUGUGACUGCCCUUGACAGCCCGGGGGGCCCAUGACUGCCUUUGACUGCCCGGGGGGCCCUUGACUGCCUGUGACAGCCCGGGGGGCCCAUGACUGCCCGUGACUGCCCUUGACAGCCCGGGGGGCCCAUGACUGCCUGCGACUGCCCUUGACUGCCUGGGGGGCCCUUGACUGCCUGUGACUGCCCUUGACAGCCCGGGGGGCCCAUGACUGCCCUUGACUGCCUGUGACUGCCCUUGACAGCCCGGGGGGCCCAUGACUGCCCGCGACUGCCCUUGACAGCCCGGGGGGCCCAUGACUGCCCGUGACUGCCCUUGACAGCCCGGGGGGCCCAUGACUGCCUGCGACUGCCCGGGGGGCCCUUGACUGCCCGUGACUGCCCGGGGGGCUCUUGACAGCCCGUGACUGCCCUGGGGUCCCAUGACUUCCUGGGGGAC